AAUCAGCCGGUAAUCGGUGUGGAACAGACGCAUCGAUCAGAUCUGAUCUGAUCAUCGAUCCGUGCUCCUCGUGUAUUUAGGAUCCGGACUGAAGUGAAGUGUCCUGUGAACGGAGGCGGGUGGUUACUGUUGAUCUGCGCUGAUCCUCACACGUGUCGCUCAGCGGGAAGUGGAAACUCUUAUUUGCACUUUUCAUCUUUCAGCUGGAUCGUGUCUUUCAGCUCUCUCUACAGAUUGACUUGUCCACACUGGGUCCGAACAUCUAGACAAACCAGGAGGGAAUGGAGGCGAUUGUGUCCCAUGUCUGGACUGAGAAGGAAUGAUAGUUUAUUCUACAGCAGCAAUGGUCGUUGAGGCGAGGUUUCCUCCCUCCUCAUCAGUGACCUCGCCGUUUGUCUCACCAUGCCGUACGACCCUGUCGCCUCCGUCUUUUACAUCAUCCUGGAAGUGCUGAUCGCCGGGUUCUCCGUGCUGGGCAAUGUACUGGUCUGCUGGGCCGUGUGCCUCAACAGCAACCUGCAGACCAUCACCAACUUCUUUGUGGUGUCGCUUGCGGUGGCUGACAUCGCAGUGGGCGUCCUUGCCAUCCCUUUCUCCAUCGUCAUCAGCAUCGGAUUCUGCUCCAACUUCUACGGCUGCCUCUUCAUCGCCUGCUUCGUGCUGGUUCUCACUCAGAGCUCCAUCUUCAGCCUGCUGGCCAUCGCUGUGGACCGCUACAUUGCAAUCAAGAUGCCGCUCAGGUACAACAGUUUGGUGACAGGCCGGCGGGCUCGAGGCAUCAUCGCCAUCUGCUGGGUUUUCUCCAUCAUCAUCGGUCUGACCCCAAUGAUGGGCUGGCACAAGCCGGCUGGGGGGGGCAACAGCACCAACGCCAGCGCGUCUGGCCUGAUGAAGUGCCUGUUCGAGGAGGUGGUGGACAUGGAGUACAUGGUCUACUUCAACUUCUUUGCCUGCGUUCAGAUUCCUCUGCUGCUGAUGUUGGCCAUCUACCUGCGCAUCUUCAUGGCCGCUCGUCACCAGCUCAAGCUGAUCGAGGUGAAGGCCGCUCACGGGUCGCGCUCUACACUGCAGAAAGAGGUGCAGGCCGCCAAGUCUCUGGCCAUCAUUGUAGGGCUGUUUGCUGUCUGCUGGCUGCCUUUACACAUCAUCAACUGCUUCACCCUUUUCUGUCCCGAAUGUGAACGUCCACCGGCCUUGAUCAUGUAUGUGGCCAUUAUCCUCUCUCACGCCAACUCCGUGGUCAACCCCUUCAUUUACGCCUACAGAAUCCGGGAGUUCCGGCAGACCUUCCGUCGGAUUAUCCGGCGCCACAUCCUGGGCCGGCAGGAGCUGUUGGACAGUGUCAGGAGUAAACACAACUCCACUCACAACAGCAUCACAGACUCCAUCAGACUCAAGGCGAAUCAAUUUUUCACUGAGUACAGCAGCGGUGGCAACUGGGAAAGCUCCUACAGCUGCCCUGCUCACAUCUCUCCUGUAUGGGGAGGACUCUUGGCGGUCUCUAGCCCCUCUCUGUCAGUCAUCAUCUCCCACUGCCCUAAGACGGAGCUGUGUCCACUGCAGACCCUCGGACAAACUCAGAUCCCAGUGGGUCAACACCUACAGUAUGGGGAGCAGCAUUGUGACUGCAGCAGACCUGAAGUCAGGGAGGAUAAAGACCAGGUUGCAUCACUGAUCAAUAAACAGGACAGGAAGAGCUACUGUGGUGAGGUUUCCUGAU